AUGGAGCUUCGACGGCAGACAUUCUACCUCUGGCUCGCCAAUGUUUGCGCGGUUCUCCUUGUGUCGCUGCUGCACGAUUUCAGAGGGAUCGAGUUCUACAUCAACGACUCGGAGCACAGCGCGAUACUCACCUUCCUCGCCCUACUGGUGGCGUUCCGGUGCCAGCAAGCUUACGAACGUUGGUGGGAAGGGCGCAAACUGCUUGGCUCACUCAACAACGCGUCGCGCAGCUUGGCGUCCCUCGCAGCCGCGUGGGUGACCGACGCCAACCGGCGCGAACGCAUCAUCAUGCGGACGAUCGUCUUUUUCUGGUUCGUCAUCGACACGUUGCGCGCCGAGUUCGCCGACGAGGCGCGCGAGCAGCAGGCGACGGCAGCGCCAGCGCCCCGGCUCGGCCUGUGGGAGAUCGCAGUCGACGAGCAGCUCAAGGCGGCCGCGCUCGUCGAUGCGCUCGGCGGCAGCGAGCGGAUCGCGCGGACGCCGAUGCCGCGCGGGCCACACGCGAUGCUCCGCGUCUUCUCGGCGGUCUGGAUCUUCACUUUCCCGCUCGCGAUCUCGGACGAGUAA